UUUUAGUACCUUUCCUAAAUAUUGUAUCGAUACUAUCGAUUUUGAUAUCGAUUGUUUGCCGUCUCUACGAUACACUACCCAAAUAAUAAAUACAAUGGUCGUCACCAAUUAUGAUGCCUUGCGAAAACAAGCAAGAUUACUGGAAAAUGAAAUCGACCUCAAGUUGGUGGCUUUCAGCAAGAUAGGCUCGAGUUCGGGUUCAACAAUGGGUCAUAGUUCGAAUGCUACAGACACUGCACCAUUAUUAGGAGAACAUGUAUUUGACUCAUUGUCAGAAGAAAUUGCCCAGAUGUUAGAUAAGCUAUCCUCUAUUAAUGAGUCAAUGACUGAACUUCCAACGUCGGGUGCUGCAAUGAUGCACACGCUACAACGUCAUCGUGAAAUAUUGCAAGGGUAUCGCCAGGAAUUUAAUAAAAUUAGCGCCAACCAUACAAUGCGGUUAGAACGUGAAGAGCUGUUGAGAGGCUCUGGUCUAUCGACAAACAGUCCUUCAAUAUCCGGUCUCAGUAGGCGAGAUAUGUAUUUAAAAGAGAGCUCGCAUAUUAAUAGUUCCAAUACAUUGAUAAAUGAUCAAAUUAACAUUGCUAUUGAAACUAGGGAGCACUUGUUAUCGCAACGGCAAGCUUUCAAACGUUUCCAGACACGUUUAAAUGAUAUUUCAAAUCGGUUCCCAUUAAUUUCCAGUUUAAUACAACGUAUAAAUAUCAAAAAGAAACGUGACGCAUUAAUAUUGGGAGCUGUAAUUGGGUUUUGUGUAAUUUUACUAAUAAUAUAUGCUUUCAAUUAGCUAUAUAUAUGUUUUAUUUCAAAACCAAAAUUAUGUAAAGUAUGUUAAAAACAGACUAAAUUGUAACAUUUAAGUAAAAAAUUUAAUUUAAAAACCCUCACAUAACACCCAAAAACCAUAUAAUGACAAAACAUUGAAAAAUAAUAUCUUUGUUUACGAAUAACGAUGUAUUUUGUGAUAAAAAUCAAUAAAUUUAGAUAUGUUAAAGUAAA